AUGAUCCUUGGAGCGGGCCCCAUCGUCAUCGGCCAGGCAUGCGAGUUCGACUACUCUGGAACCCAGGCAUGCAAGGCUUUGAAGGCUGAAGGGUACGAGGUGGUUCUGCUCAACUCCAACCCUGCCACCAUCAUGACCGACCCUGGCACUGCUGACCGCACCUAUGUGGGCCCCAUGACCCCCGAGCUUGUGGAGCAGAUCCUGGAGAAGGAGCGGCCCGACGCCAUCCUCCCCACCAUGGGCGGCCAGACCGCCCUCAACCUGGCAAAAGCGCUGUCUGAGAGCGGCAUUCUGGAGAAGUACAACGUUGAGCUGAUUGGCGCCAAGCUGGCGUCCAUCAAUAAGGCCGAGGACCGCGAGUUGUUUGCAAACGCUAUGGACAAGCUGAACCUAAAGAUGGCGCAGAGCUGCAUCGCCACCACUAUGGAAGAGUGCAUGAAGGCGGCAGAGGAGAUUGGUCGCCUGCCAUUGAUCAUCCGCCCGGCCUUCACCCUGGGCGGGACUGGCGGCGGCAUUGCCUACAACAUGGACGAGUUUGCUGAGAUCUGCAAGGCUGGCCUGAACGCCUCCAUGACGAGCCAGGUGCAGAUUGAGCAGAGCCUGCUUGGGUGGAAGGAGUUUGAGCUGGAGGUGAUGCGCGACCUUGCCGACAACGUGGUCAUCAUUUGCUCCAUCGAGAACGUGGACCCCAUGGGCGUGCACACCGGCGACUCGAUCACCGUCGCCCCCGUGCAGACACUCACCGACAAGGAGUACCAGCGGCUGCGUGACGCCUCUGUGGACAUCAUCCGCGAGAUGGGUGUGGAGUGCGGCGGCAGCAAUGUGCAGAUGGCCAUCAACCCCGCGGACGGCGCCAUGGUCAUCAUCGAGAUGAACCCACGCGUCAGGUGCGCCGGGUGGCUGGGUGGUUGGCUGGGCGGGCGGGCGGGCGGGCAGAGAGCAGCACCCCUGCCGCCUCCCGUUUUCGUCCCGCCCCACCCAACCCUGCCACCUCCCGCCUUGAGCGUGGGCGAGGCGAUGGCAAUCGGGCGCACCUUCCAGGAGUCGUUCCAGAAGGCGAUGCGCUCCCUGGAGACUGGUUUGGAUGGCUGGUCGCUGCCGCGUGGCUACAAGCGUCUGCCGCACGACAAGCUGAUCUACAACAUGCGCGUGCCCAAUCCGGAGCGCAUGGUUGCCAUCAAGCAGGCGCUGGAGGAUGGCGAGACGCUGGACGACAUCUUUGAGUACACCAAGAUUGACCCCUGGUUUCUGGCACAGCUGGGCGAGCUGCACGAGGUUGAGACCUGGCUGAAGACCAAGAAGCUGGAGGAGCUGAGCGCAGUCGACAUGCUGCAGCUGAAGAAGCGCGGUUUCUCCGACUCCCAGAUUGCACGCGCGCUGGGCUCCGACAUGAUGACCGUGCGCAUGACGCGCAAGGCGCUUGGCGUGGAACCCAGCAUGAAGCGUGUGGACACGUGCGCGGCAGAAUUUGAGGCAGGCACGCCCUACAUGUACUCCUCAUACGAUGGAGAGUGCGAGUGCGAGAGCGAUGCAGAGCCCAAGGUGCUCAUCUUGGGCGGCGGGCCCAACCGCAUUGGCCAGGGCAUUGAGUUCGACUACUGCUGCUGUCACGCGUCUUUCUCGCUGCGCGACGCUGGCUACGAGACCAUCAUGAUGAACUCCAACCCAGAGACUGUGUCCACGGACUACGACACCUCGUCCCGCCUUUACUUUGAGCCGCUCACGGUAGAGGAUGUGCUGAAUGUGGUUGAGAAGGAGCGUCCGGAGGGCAUCAUUGUUCAGUUUGGCGGCCAGACGCCGCUCAAGCUGGCCACCGCGCUGCAGCAGGCCCUCGAGGAGAACCCCAUCCCUGCUGCCAGCGGCAACGGGAAUGUGAGCAUCUGGGGCACACAGCCGGAUGCCAUCGACGAGGCUGAGGACCGCGACCGCUGGAUGGCAUUGCUGACAAAGCUGGAUAUCCGGCAGCCAGCUGGCGGCUUGGCCACCAACGAGGAGCAGGCGCUGCAGAUCGCCAACAGUCUGGGCUACCCGGUGAUGGUGCGCCCCAGCUAUGUGCUGGGCGGGCGCGCCAUGGAGAUUGUGUAUAGCGACCAGGACAUCCAUCGCUACAUCAACACUGCAGUCGAGGUGGACCCUGACCGGCCUGUGCUGGUGGACAAGUACCUGGACCGCGCUGACGAGCUGGAUGUGGAUGCACUGGCAGACAAGGACGGCAACGUUGUGAUCUGCGGCAUCAUGCAGCAUAUUGAGCAGGCGGGGGUGCACAGUGGCGACUCAGCCUGCUCCAUCCCACCCCAGACCAUCUCGCCUGAGUGCCUGGCCGUCAUCCGCGACUGGACCCCCAAGCUGGCGAAGGCGCUCAAGGUGGUGGGCCUGAUCAACAUCCAGUAUGCGGUGCAGGACAACACGGUGUACAUCAUUGAGGCCAACCCCCGUGCCUCGCGCACCGUGCCGUUCGUGGCCAAGGCCAUUGGCCACCCGCUAGCCGCCUACGCCUCGCUGCUCAUGUCGGGCAAGAAGCUGGCCGACAUUGGCUUCACGGAGGAGCCCAAGCUGAAGCACGUGGCUGUCAAGGAGGCUGUGCUUCCCUUUGACAAGUUUGCGGGUGCGGACACGCUGCUGGGCCCCGAGAUGCGGUCCACCGGAGAGGUCAUGGGCAUCGAUGUCACUUUUGGCAAGGCGUACGCCAAGGCUGCCAUCGCCGCAGGCCAGCGGCUGCCGCAGUCCGGCAACGUGUUCAUCACGAUGAUGGACAAGUACAAGGAGACGGCUGUGCCCAUUGCCAAGGAGCUGCAGGAGCUUGGCUUUGGCAUCAUGGCCACCUACCACACUGCGUCCUACCUGCGCAAGGCGGGCCUGCAGAACGUGCAGUCGGUGCUCAAGGUGUCAGAGGGGCGCCCCAAUGGAGAGGACCUGCUGAAGAACGGCGAGAUCCAAAUGAUGAUCAUCACAACGGCGGGAGACGAGAGUGAUGUGCGCGACGGCAAAGAGCUGCGGCGCACCGCUCUGGCGCACAAGGUGCCCAUCAUCACCACCCUCGCUGCAGCCAGGGCCACCGUGGAGGCGCUGAAGGACAUGUCGAAGGGCGAGCUGGAGCAGGUGCCGCUGCAGGACUACUUCUGA